UAGGGCUCUGGAUGUAAAGAACAAGGUUCCAACUGUUUUCUUAUUAACUAUAUAUUUUURAGUUGUUUGGGGGACAAUAUCAACGACAUACCUUUUCACACAGAGCAACUCUGUACAUAGGAUUAAGCUCGGCACAUGGGCCACAGCUAAUUAGCAAAAUAAGAAGAAAAAAAUAAAACCAAUAAACAAACAGAUAAAAUCCGACCUGUGCCUGAACGCAACACAAAGCACACAUUUCCACUCAAAUACAUUCAUUUUCAGCAUGGAUCUACCACAGGAUUUUAAUUUCCUGCUCGCCACGGAUUCUUACAAGGCCCAGUGGUCACCGAGGAGAAGAUCCAGGAAGCCAAACUUUUCUUUCAGAUGCAUUUCAAACAAGCUGUGUUUGAUGAAGAGAGCUGGAGGAAAAUCCUUGAGACACAUGAUGGCCGCCUUCCCAUCCGAAUUAAAGCUGUCCCAGAGGGCAAGAUCAUCUCGAGAGGCAACGUCCUUUUCACUGUUGAAAAUACUGACCCAAACUUUUACUGGCUUACUAACUAUGUUGAGACUUUGCUGGUCCAGAUGUGGUAUCCUAUCACAGUAGCCACCAUAUCUCGGGAAUUUAAGAAAAUCUUGGCCAGACACCUGAAAGCCACCUCGGGGAACCUGGAAGGUCUGGAUCUAAAACUGCACGACCUUGGCUACAGAGGAGUUUCUUCUCAAGAGUCUGCAGCAUUGGGUGGAGCAGCUCAUUUGGUUAAUUUCUGCAGCACAGACACCAUACCUGGGGUGCUCAUGGCUCAACGGUACUACAGCUGUCCAAUGGCUGGCUUCUCCAUUCCAGCAGCUGAGCACAGCACUAUCAUCUCCUGGGGCAAGAACAGAGAGAAGGAUGCUUUUGAGCAGAUACUGGACUGCUUCCCGUCAGGUCCGGUGUCUGUGGUCAGUGACAGUUACGACAUUUUUAACGCYUGUAAACACAUCUGGGGAGACAAGCUGAAGGAGCGAGUGAUGGAGCGUAGCCAGGACUCCUGUCUCGUGAUACGACCCGACUCCGGAGACCCAGCAGAAACUCUAAUCCAGGUCCUCAAGAUUUUGGAAAAGAGUUUUGGUUGUUCUUUGAACUCACUGGGCUACAAAGUGUUACCAUCGUAUCUGCGGAUCAUUCAGGGAGAUGGCAUUGACCUCACCUCAUUAGAUCAGGUUCUCAGGAAGCUUAGUGACGAGGGCUGGAGCRCUGAAAAUGUCCUUUUUGGCUGUGGCAGCUCUUUGCUUCAGAAGCUUCACAGAGACACUCUGAGCUGUGCCUUUAAAUGCAGUUAUGUAGAGAGCRACGGCAAAGGGAUGGAUGUUUACAAGCAUCCGGUGACAGAUCCAUCCAAGAUGUCAAAGAGGGGUCGAUUGUCCCUGAGGAGAAACUCUGAUGGGCUCCUGGAGACGGUAGAGAGAGGAGCAGGAAAGCCUGAGGAGGACCUGCUGGUGACCGUAUUUGAAAAUGGCAGUCUGGUGCAGGAGUACUCCCUGGAUGAGAUCAGGAAGAAUGCUCAACUGCGAGACGAGGAGCUGAACUCCAACUUGUACGACAAAGAACACGAGCUGCUACACAAUCAGAUCAUCAAUGGGAACCAUUAGAACCGUGAAACCUAAAGGGAAGCGUAGCAUUCUGGUGGCGUGGAGUUAGCAGUGUUUUACUAAAUAAAAAGAGGACAUGUUGAUCACUUAGUGCCAAGAUCCAUCACUGGAGUGGAUCCAGUUGUGUUGUCCUGUCAGUAUACACCCACAACUAAGCUCAGGGUCAGAUGGAAUAAGCUCACUGCUGUCAGUAAGUACAGCAGUUUAAUGUUGUAACUCAAACUUUUUAUCGCCCUCUGGUCAAAAGCAAAAUGCAAGCAAUGAUGCUUUAUUUUAAUUUUUUAUUUUUUAUUUUUUAUUUUUGCUCUCGUGUGUGCGUGCGUGGUUUUGUGUGCCUGUUAGCAAACAGGCACAUGAACCACUGGAAAGAUUUUAAUGAAACUUGCAGGAAGUCAUAUGCAUCUAUAACUGCUUAACUUUUUUGGAGUCAGCUGAUUCAAUAUGGCUGACAUGUAGAUAAUGAGGUAAAUGUUCAUGUGUGUGUUGCUGAGAGUUCUUCAAAAUGCGCAGAUCAAACGCAGUGUUACUUUCAAGAUUUCUUAUCAUACGAUGGUCUUUGUUGAAAACUUAAGGCAGCAAGUCAAAUGUAUUCCUUCGAGGAAUGCCAGGCCUUUAUUAAGUGUGUUGUUAGGCUGGUUUAUUGUAUCAACACACAACUUCAGUAGCCUCCAAAUAAUCUGCUCUUCCAUCACAUUUCUCUGCCUGAACAUUCAUAAGUAGAAAAUUAUUUCCAGACAUUAACAAUAGUUGGCAUGGUCAUUUGUCAUGCUGCUAUCUACAUUAGCAGGCAGGAUUGUACUUGAUACACAUGUUUCAUUUUAAAUCUGUAGUUUUUGUUUGACCCAGUCCGAUUUGAAAACACACUGACCAUGUGGAACACCACCUGCACUGACCAGGACUGCUGUCUGAGAACAGAGUAUAAACUCCUCAGUCUGCACACAGAGUCAUACAGUGAAGCUAUGAUGUUGCUGAAUAACAAAGUUAAAAACACUAGCUUGUGUAGAGAUUCAGUGAUGUAACUAUAGCAGCAAAGUCGAGUUUCGAUAGAAUCAGCAGCUGCUCGAAGAAACAUUUUGUAUGUGGGGUUAUGAACAGUUAGUGUCUUACCUGUUGUAGCUACCUCCUUGAACAACCUUAGUUUCCUGUAACUCAAUUUAAUUCAGAAGGGAGUGACCUGUACAAACAGUGUCAUAACUGUUAUAAUUAUAAUAAUCUUCAUGCAAACACUAUUUCAUGACCCUUCACUCUGUUGUUCCAUCACGUCUUUAUUUACAUGGAAUUUUACGGUUAUCUGCAGCAGAAAAAAGAAUCUACAGAUAGCCCACUCAGCAUAAUCAUUGUGUAAUGUGAAACAGUGUAAAAGUUUAAAUAAUUGUGUUGGUUCAAAACAUUUCACAUGUUUUGAAAACUAGUUUUAAGACCCUAAAAUUUACUUUUGAAGUGGGUUGUGCUAGCUAUUACUAGCUUGUUGGUGCCUAAUACUAACAGCUUGUAUGAACAGAUUUGCUAGAAAAUUAGAUGUUGCCAUACAGCAUUUUGGACAGCUCCAGACUUCAAAAUGUUUCCAAGCACUAAUAUUUAAACCUUUAUGCCUGUCGCUUAGCUGUGACUUUGGGACACUAAUUGGCCUCUCAAAAUUCUGAGAACAUCUGUAUCUUUUCACAGUCCACCAAAUUCUGAUCAUUUGUAACCAAGUGACCAGUGAGCAACGCAACUGCAUUCAUUGUUUAAAAUCAGCAUUUUUUUACAUUGUUUACAUUAUUUAAUUGCUCCUUGGCCUUGACACCUGCUCUGGACAAUUUUCUUUUAAAUGAUUAGUUUUCAUUAUCUGUGGUUGUUAGACCUGUGAUGCUGGGGAGCGAGGCAGGAAGGAGCGAGCAGCUGUAGUUCGCCUCUCUAACCUGAAGGCACAGGAGAAGUAUUCCACACUUUCGCUUUAUUUUCACAUCAACCAUACAAAGUCAGGUCUCCACAGCAAUAAACUUCCAAGUGUCUCCUCGUACAAGGGCCCGCUUUGGCCCUCAGCAUCACGUUAAUCUCUUCUCCUCAAAAUGAGAGCUCUUUUUCAGUCCUGAAUUACAACAAAAGAAAAGGGCAUAAGCGCCUCCUUGUGGUGCUACCUACUCUAGGAACUGCGCAGUAAACAGACUGUUACAACAUUAGAUGUUUUCUGUCAUGAAAGUUUCAACACAGGAGUUGAAAUGCAGCUGUGGAGUUACAGAAACUCUGUUGAGACAGGUUUGAGACUCCCAGUACAAUAAUGUGAGGAUUUUGAAAGAGAAUCUGUUGCACAAUUUUUUUGAACCUCUUCAAAAGUCAGUCCAGUCUGCUAGCCUCUGAGGAAAUUCAGACCCGUUGCAUUAUUUUAAAGCAUUUUAAGAUUUUAUUUGUUGAGGUAAGGAUGUUUCAUGAUAAUCCUGUAUCUGGUAAAAGCAGAUGUCGGUUUAGUUUUGUUCUUUUUACUCACAGCUGUUUUACACUUAAUCUGAACAGAGACAGUUAAUUUCUCCAGCGGGACUGAAGCAUCUUAGUUUAGAAAGUAAAGUAACUGUUUGGAAACAAAGAGUUGGAAAAGUGCCACCACAGUAUGACUAAUGUUGAUUUUAUAAACUCAAGCUGUGAAAAAAGCAACUAAUUACUUUAUGACUGCAUUUUCCCACAUUGUUCUUCUUGGUCAACUUUUACUAAUGACAGAUUGUAACAAGAUUGAAGAUUUCUUAAUUUCUUUUUUUUUUUUGUUUUAUUUUAGAGAUUUAAUUCUACAAAGUACUUCAAAAACCUUUUGAAUAUAUGUUUUAUUUUAAAUGGUACAGCAGUCAGUAUAAUGUUUGGUCGCUCAUUCAAACUUUUUUAUGAAGAUUUUUUUUUCUUUUUAUCAUCUUGUUCUUUGUGAUAUUGAUUUCAGACUGACUUUGUUUCCUCAGAUAAACGUAGUUGUGUAGUGAACGUUCAGCAACUGUUAAUAAAUGCAGUCUGUUCUUACUCUACACAGAAAUGACUUGGUCAUACAUUAAAUAUACUUGAUGAUGCUGUUGUUCUGUAAGAUAAUGUUGUUUUUUAUUUAAAAUUAAAUCACUUUUAUACACAA